AUGGGGCUAGCUCUAGAAAAUGUUGUACCAGAAUAUAACACAUUAAACAAGUACUCUGGCAGUCUGCUGCCCAGACUGGAGAAUGCCGGGGAUUCUGAGGAGGAGCCGGCGCUGGGCCUCUGUCUGCACGAGAGGGACUUCCCGCUGGGAUCCUUCAUCGCGGAUAACAUCCUCAUCUCCAUGGAAAGCAGCCGCUCCACCGUUGUCAUCCUGUCUCGGGCUUUCGUCGACAUCAAGUGGUGCCGCUGGGAGCUGGACCUGGCGUCGCAUAAGAUGUCGCAGCUGGUGCUCCUGGAGCUGGAGAGGCUGGAGCGAGGGCAGCUGGCCACGCACCUCCUCUACCUGAUGGACACGCGCACCUACCUGGAGUGGCCGGCACUGCCGCGGGCCCAGGAGGCCAAGUGGAAGCAGCUGCGUGCCACCCUGGCCUCCACCCACGCCGCCCCCUCCUCCACCCCCUCUUGUAGGAGUGUCGGCAGCGACCAGCUGAAGGAGAAUGAUGAUUUGGCUCAAGCAUGA